UGCUCCUCCGUUCGCUCGCGAAACAGCUGGUUGUGCAGCGGCUGAUGGCGGUGUAAGACGUCCUGUGUGAUGCAAUAGCCCGCGUCCAAGAAGAUCCUCGGCUGAGACACUCGCGGAGAAACAUCGGAUACGCUCGAGAUACGACCGCACGUAAGGCUAGCCAUUAUUCGUCACAAUUUUACAUGUGCACGAUGGCAGAGGUGACAGAGUUCAAGCCCAGCAAAAUAGUGCAGGACAGAUGUAUCAAAUGGAUGGAGCUGCAAGAUUAUUCGUACACCGAAAACACCACUGCCAAGCGAAAGUUGAUUGAAUUCGAGUACGACGACUGUUACAAUACAGAUUCUGAAUUUGAUUCAGUCUCGGUGUGCGACACCAAGAAACGCAGAGUGGGAAUACAAUUGAAGGAUGAAAUCUUGGAUCUGGCUUGCGAGUGGAAAGAGUGUUCUUUUCGCAGCAGACGCAUGGAACAAUUUCUGAAGCAUGUGUCGGGUCAUAUAUCUAAUGUACAAGUACGCAUGAAGGAUGGCAAUGAAGUCUUUGUGUGUCAGUGGAAAGAUUGUCCAUAUGACACUUUUGCAUGUGAGGAGAUAGCACUUCAUGUUAAUUAUCAUUCCUAUCAUACAAAAUUGAAAUCCAUCGGUUCCAAUGUCCGUGAGAGAAUCAAGCUGCCUAAAUGCCGUAGAGACUUAGACUGGAAGAACAUCAUAGAAACUCCACCCACGCAUUUGUGCAGAUGGGAAGAGUGUUUGAAGGUGUUUAUAAACUACCAAUUAUAUCUAUAUCACGUCACCGUACACGUAGAGGAGUGCCCGCGUGGCAGUCGAGUUCAGAAUGGAGUGGAGUGUAAGUGGACUGGUUGCAAUGGCAAAUAUCCCAAUUUAUACAAACUGAGGGAUCACAUGAGAUGUCAUACUAAAGAAAAAAUAGUUGCAUGUCCGGAUUGCGGUGUUAUGUUCGCAUCCAAGACGAAAUUUCACAUACACUGCCAGCGGCAAAUUCCCUUAGAUGUACAGGGAUUUCGAUGUUCACACUGCAAGAAGUUUUACCCGACCGAGAGAAUUCUGCGGGAUCAUAUGAGAUUCCACGUAUUCAACUACAAGUGUAGUCUUUGCGACAUGAGCUGCGAAUCGCCAGCUAGCUUGGCGAAACACGUGAGAUACCGGCAUGUAACGACUAGGACCUUUCCAUGCCAAUUAUGCACUCACGCCGCAAAAUCGCAACAAGAUCUAGAUUAUCACAUGACUGUGCAUACCGAUGGACCGAAUUUCUUCUGCCAAUUUGAGGGGUGUCAUUACACAUGCAAAGGAGCCUACACUUUGGACAGACAUUUGGAACGAGCACACAGUAUGAUGACACGGUGGUACUGUUGUCACGAAUGCCCGAUCAAGUAUCGGACAAGCGCCAGACUGACGAAGCAUCUCAUAGAGGCUCACCAGUUGCAAUUGCCUAGUGGACAUAAGCGUUUUCACUAUAAGCAGGACGAAGACGGAUGUUACAGAAUACAAAUGGUCAGGUACGAGGCCGUGGACGAAGAGAACGUGUCGCCCGUCGAAGAGGCGCAAUUACCGGACAAGAAAUAUAAAAUAGAAAUAAGUCACACUCUACCAUUGAUAGAAGUGAAGAUUAUGGAAGAUAACACGGACGCGAGGGAAACAGAAUGGAAACAGAUGGACGAACAGAAUGUACAAGUAGAAACGGUAGUGCCCAAUGUUAAUGGAACUAUACCUGUUAUAUCUAAUAUUUUAAUAUCUAUUGAGGAAGUAGAUGCAAAAGGGAAUCUUAUAAAACGGGAAUUUGUCGAGACACAGGAAACCAGCGAGUUACCUCCAUCAGAGGAACCACCGUUAAUUUUAAUAUAAGCAUAAUAGACUUCUUUUAUGAGGUAUAUUCAUGUAUGUAUAUGUAUUUUUUAUAUUAUUGCAUUAUGUGAUUUUAUAUUGGAUACAUUUUAUACUAUCUAUAUAUUUGUUGUUGUAUCCAACUCUUAAUGAGAAUGACUAUUAAAUUUCUUUUAUUAUACUA